AUGUUGUUCAUGGAUAAAAGCCGACCAAAUAGGGAGCAUAAUCUGGUGGAAUGGGCACGGCCAUAUCUGGUAGAGAGAAGGAGGUUUUAUCGACUAAUAGAUCCCCGCCUUGAAGGUCGCUUUUCAAUCAAAGGUGCACAGAAGGCAGCUCAGUUGGCUGCCCAAUGUCUUAGCUGUGACCCAAAGGCCAGACCUCUUAUGAGUAAAGUUGUUGACACCCUGAAGCCUUUACCCGACCUCAAGGACGUGGCCUGCUUCACAUCCUACUUCCAGGCCCUGCAGGCUGAGCGUUCUGGUAGUAAUUCAAAUGCUAAAAAUAGCAGUAGAAUGCACACAGGAUUGCUCCCAAAGAAUGGACAACCAACCCGGAGCCUCUCCAUACCAAAUGGUCCAAAGGACUCUCCAUAUCACCAUAACCAUCUUCACAGGUCGCCUAAACCUUACGUUAGACAAUCAGAACUUUGA